GAUCAACAUCUGAUUAUGGAGCUAACGAGACAUUUCAUAGACGUAACCGUUUUGCUCUUACUAUCCAUGAACGUUGGAAAUUCCAGAGACACUAUCACACCCUCAGAUCCCCUUAAUGGACCAGAAACUUUAAGCUCUAAUAAUGGCAUGUUCCACCUUGGAUUCUUCACGCCAACAAAUUCCUCCUACCUCGGAAUCUGGUACAUGUCCAACCCUCCUGUCGUGUGGGUUGCCAACAGAGACCAACCUAUAAACCAUUCUUCUUCUGCUCUACUCCAAAUAUCUCAGGAUGGAAACCUUGUUCUCAUGGAUAAUGCAAACAACAGUAGGAUUCUUGUUUGGUCAACAAACCUCUCCAAUAUUUCAUCCAACACAACAGCGCAGCUUCUUAACACCGGCAACCUUGUGCUGCAAGAAAACACCACAGGAAGGUUCCUAUGGCAGAGUUUCCAACACCCUUCAAACACGUUAUUGCAGAAAAUGCAGCUCAGCACAAACAAGAUCACCGGUGAGAAAGUAAAACUCACUUCCUGGAGAACUCCUCAGGAUCCAUCCAUUGGAGACUUCUCCUUGAGUCUCGAAGGCCUUAGUAGCCCUGAAAUGGUCGUCUGGAAGGGAGUUCAACCUUUCUGGCGUACCGGUCCGUGGAACGGUGUAACUUUUCUUGGAAUACCUGGAGAUAACAUAAACAAUCUUGAUGGAUUUUACUUGGAAAAAUCGUAUGAUGAUAACGGCACUUAUUAUCUUUCUUUCAACUUUGCAAAUCAGUCCUUGUUGUUGAUCUGUGUGUUAACAGCAGAUGGAAACAUGAAAGACUAUUAUUGGGAUUAUGGGAAGAGAAAUUGGUCAAUCGUAUGGACAGCUAUUAACUCAGAGUGUGAUGUUUAUGGAAAGUGUGGAGUAUUUGGAAUCUGUGAUCCCACAAGUGAACCUAUUUGUAGCUGCUUAACAGGGUUUGAACCAAAGAAUGCUACUGAAUGGAAUAGGCAAAAUUGGAGUAGCGGUUGUGUUAGGAAGAAAGCUCUUCAGUGUGAAGAUAAUGGGUUUGUGAAGUUGCAGAAUACUAAGACACCAAACUUUGUAGAAUGGUCCUCUCCUACUGAAUAUGAUUGCAGAACUCAGUGCAUUGGAAACUGCUCUUGUGAAGCAUAUGCAUAUGAUGCUGGUAUUGGUUGCAUGCUAUGGGGUGGGAACUUAAUUGACAUUCAAAGGUUCUCAAGUGGAGGAACAGAUCUUUAUAUUCGUGUCCCCAAUUCAGAUCUUGGUAAAAAGAAAAAUAAUGUAACAGUAAUCAUCUCAGUUACAGUCACGGUAGGAGUGAUUCUCCUUGUGUCAUGCACAUUUAUCUUGUGGAAAAGAACUUCAAGGAAAGAUAGAGCAAAUUCCAGAGCUCAGGUCAGAAUUCAGAAAAAUGAGCUUCUUGAGCUUUCACAGUUUGAGUUUGAAAGGCUUGCUAUAGCAACAAACAACUUUCACUUAGAUAAUAAGCUAGGACAAGGGGGUUUUGGACCAGUAUAUAAGGGUACAUUGGAAGAUGGGCAGGAAAUAGCAGUUAAAAGGCUUUCAAGAGCAUCUGGACAAGGGCUAGAAGAAUUUAUGAAUGAGGUGUUGGUAAUAUCAAAGCUUCAACAUCGAAAUCUUGUCAGACUUCUUGGAUGUUGUAUAGAAAGAGAUGAAAAGAUUUUGAUCUAUGAAUACAUGCCAAAUAGGAGUCUUGAUGCAUAUAUGUUUGAUCCAUCUAAACAGAUUCUAAGUUGGGAACAACGUUUUGAUAUAAUCGAAGGAAUAGCUCGUGGUUUACUUUAUCUUCACAGAGAUUCUAGAUUAAGGAUUAUACACAGAGAUUUGAAGUUAAGCAAUAUAUUACUUGAUGGAGAAUUAAAUGCAAAAAUUUCAGACUUUGGCAUGGCAAAGAUUUUUGGUUACACGGAAGAUGAGGCUAAUACUCGAAGGGUUGUCGGAACAUUUGGUUAUAUGCCACCGGAAUAUGUUAUGGAAGGACUAUUUUCAGAAAAAUCCGAUGUAUUCAGUUUCGGUGUUUUAUUAUUGGAGAUCGUUAGCAAGAGAAAAAAUACUAGUUUUUAUGAAGAUGCAGAAUCUCUAAGCCUUAUUGGAUUUGCAUGGAAAUUGUGGAAUGAUGAUAAGAUUACAGCUCUAAUAGAUCCAGAAGUAGCAAACAUGAGUAGUCUUGCAGAUAUAAUGAGGUGCAUUCACAUUGGACUUUUGUGUGUGCAAGAACUUGCAAGGGAUAGGCCUACUAUGACUGCAGUAAUUUCAAUGCUUAAUAGUGAAACUGUUAAUCUUCCUCUGCCGAAGCAGCCAGCAUUCAUGCAUAGGCAGACAAUGUUGGAUAUAGAGUCUUCUCAUAGAAGUGAUGGAUCAUAUUCCAUCAAUUAUAUCAGCUUAACAAACAUCCAAGGAAGCAACAUGAGUAUCAACUUGUCUUCUUCAUUGCGUUACAUUGUAUCUGUUCAUUCAUUUCAUACUCGCUCAUCUAUCCUUCUCUGCAUCUUCAUGGAGCACUACCUAUCCUUUCUACUAUUAUUCUUACUCUUCACUUUUGCCACUUCCUUAGACACCAUCACCUCUUCUUAUAUCCUUAAACCCCCUCAAACUUUAACCUCCAAGGAUGGUAUGUUCCACCUUGGAUUCUUCAACCUUACCACCAACUCAUCAACAUCAUCUUACCUCGGAAUCUGGUACAUAACCAACCCCCCUGUCGUCUGGGUUGCUAACAGAGACCAACCAAUCAAAGGUGAUGAUAGUGGAGUACUGCUCAAGAUAUCCGAGGAUGGAAACCUUGUUAUCAUGGAUGCACGUAAUAAUGAGAUCCUUUGGUCAACGAACGUCUCAAACAUCGCAUCCCCCAACAACACAAGUGCUCAGCUUCUCACCACCGGAAACCUUGGGUUGCAAGAUAACGCCACAGGGACGAUACUGUGGCAGAGUUUCCAACACCCCACAGACACGUUCCUGCAGAACAUGAAGAUUAGCGCCAACAGGAUCACCGGCAAGAAAGUAAACAUAACCUCGUGGAGAACACCACAUGAUCCAUCCAUUGGAGACUUCUCUGUGAGCCUUGAACGCCUUAGUAUCCCUGAAGCGUUCAUCUGGAGAGGGGAGAGUCAACCUCACUGGCGAAGUGGCCCAUGGAACGGUCAAAUAUUUAUUGGGAUACCUGACAUGACCGCAAAUUAUAUUGACGGGUUCUACAUGAGUGGCAAAGAUGAAGAGAGCAACGGCACUUACUAUCUUUCUUAUAGCUAUGUAAAUCAUAAUCUAAGGAUGUUCGCGUUGGGUGCUGAUGGAAACUUAAAUGAAUACUACUGGGAUUAUUCAAAGAAGAAAUGGUCCAUGAUGUGGUCUGUUAUUAACACUGAGUGCGGUGUUUAUGGCAAGUGUGGAGUAUUUGCAAGUUGUGACCCUAAAACUUCACCUAUCUGCACUUGUUUGAGAGGGUAUGUUCCAAGGAAUGCAGAGGAGUGGAACAAACAAAACUGGAGCAGCGGCUGUGUUAGGAAGAUACCUCUGCAGUGUGAGAGCAAUAGUAGUGAUGAAUCGGUAGCAGUAAAAGAUGGGUUUGUGAAGCUUCAGAAUACCAAGGUUCCAGAUUAUGCUGAGUGGUUGUCUUCCAUUGACUUUGACUGCAGAACUGCGUGUUUGGGAAACUGCUCUUGCAAAGCGUAUGCUUAUGAUGUUGGAAUUGGUUGUAUGCUGUGGAGUGGAAACUUGAUUGACAUACAGAGAUUCUCAAUGGGAGGAACCGAUCUUUAUAUACGUGUUCCCUCUUCAGAGCUUGAUGAGCAGAAGAAGAAAAAUCAUGCCUCAGUGAUCAUUGCAGUUACAGUCUCAGCAGUAGGAACUAUUGGGAUUUUGAUUUGCGCGUUUAUCCUGUGGAAAAGAAGAACUGCAAUAGGAGAGAGAGCAAAUUUCAGAAUACCUACAAUAAGCAACACAAAAUACCCAAGCAAAGUCAAACUCCCGGAGCUUUCCCAAUUUGAGUUUGAAAAGCUUGCAAUUGCAACAAACAACUUUCACUUAGAUAAUAAGCUGGGGCAAGGAGGAUUUGGACUUGUAUACAGGGGAACAUUGGAAGAUGGACUAGAAAUAGCAGUUAAAAGACUUUCAAGAGCUUCAUAUCAAGGACUAGAAGAAUUUAUGAAUGAGGUUCUAGUAAUAUCAAAACUUCAGCACCGUAAUCUUGUUAGACUUCUUGGAUGUUGUGUAGAAGGAGAUGAGAAGAUUUUGGUGUAUGAAUACAUGCCAAAUAAAAGUUUAGAUGCAUAUCUGUUUGAUUCAUGUAAGCAAGUAUUAAAUUGGGAAAAACGUUUUCAUAUUAUUGAAGGAAUAGCUCGAGGUUUACUUUAUCUUCACAGAGACUCUCGACUAAGAAUUAUCCAUAGAGAUCUGAAGCUAAGCAAUAUAUUACUUGACGAAGAGCUAAAUCCAAAGAUUUCAGAUUUUGGUAUGGCAAAGAUUUUUUGCCACACUGAAAAUGAGGCAAAUACUAUGAGAGUUGUUGGAACAUAUGGUUAUAUGUCACCAGAAUAUGCUAUGGAAGGACUAUUUUCAGAGAAAUCUGAUGUAUUCAGCUUUGGUGUUUUACUACUAGAAAUUGUCAGUAGGAGAAAGAACACUAAAUUUUAUGAAGAUGCAGAAUCAUUGAGUCUUUUAGGAUUUGCAUGGAAAUUGUGGAAUGCUGAUAACAUUCCACCUCUGAUAGAUCCAGAGAUAUUAAAUCCGAUCUGCAAUGAAGAUAUAAAGAGGUGCAUACAUAUUGGUCUUUUGUGUGUACAAGAACUUGCAAGAGAUAGGCCUACAAUGACUGCAGUGGUUUCAAUGCUUAAUAGUGAGACUGUUAAUCUUCCUUCUCCCAAGCAGCCAGCAUUCGUUCAGAGGCAGACUCUGCUGGAUAUAGAGUCUUCUAUGACAAGUGAUGGAUUAUGCUCCAUUAAUAAUGUGAGCCUAACAAAUGUCCAAGGAAGAUAACCGAUUGGCCACAAUGUUGGUUCAAAAUAGUCACAUUAUGUAUUGACACAACUCUGGUUGAGAGACAUUAGCAUUUUGCUGAAGGGUCUACUUUAAUAAGGCUGGGAUUUUAUGUAAUAUAUUACGUUACCAUCAUGUUUGUUGGUUGAGUUAAUUAAAAGUGAUUUCAUAAAGAUUAGUACACUAAUAUUUGGAAAAUGUAAAAAGUACUGCAAGAUGAAAUCUA